AUGGAACAGGGUGACGUGGAAAUGGACAGCCAGGAGAAACAAGCACCGCAAAAUAUUGAUGUGGCCAAAGAAAUUGGUACUUAUGCUGCACCAAAAUACUUGGUACUUCCAGCUGUACAAUUGGACGAUUGGCAAUACGUUAUGAGACGAUCAAUGCAGGAAAUUAUUCCUGGACUGUAUCUUGGUCCCUAUGCUGUUGCUACCAGAUCAAAGAUGCAAGAACUCAAAGACACUGGAAUAUCUCACAUUGUCUGCGUUCGUGAGUUUCGCGAAAGGAAUUUGAUUCGUACGAAUCAUCCAGAUAGUUUUCAAUACUUGGUUGUAGAAGUAGAAGAUAGCAGCAUGGCCAAUAUCAUCCCACACUUUCGAACGGUAAAUCCAUUCAUCAAAUCCGCUUUAAACAGUGGGGGGAAGGUGUUGGUUCACGGAAGUGCUGGCAUUUCUCGUUCAGUAACUCUCGUGAUUGCCUACAUUAUGGAAACAUACGGAGUGACUACGGAAGAAGCCUACAAAUACGUUCAAGCUAUCCGAUUUUGUAGCAACCCAAUUGACAACUUUAUGCGUCAACUUCGAGAAUACGAACCUAUUUAUCGCGCAAUGCAUGUCGUCCCCCGUACUUUGCCAAGUUUACUGCCCACUCAGGACCAGAAAUCCUGCAAGCGCAGUCUGGAUGAAGAUGAAGAUUAUUACAAAGGUCCCAGUAAAGAGGGAAAGUUCUAG